AUUUCCGUUUCGUGUCGCCGUGGCGGGAGAUUCAGUGUGAUCCGGUUUAUGUUUUUAUAGCUAUAUAUAUAUAUAUAUAUCUAUUUUAAGAAUUUAGUUUACAUUCUUACUAAGCUUUAGUGAUUUUAAGAAUUAAAAAUACUACUAAUGAUGGAAGCAAAAGAAAACGGUGCUCUUCACGCGAGCGCAGAUGAAAAGAACACGAACAGCGAGGUGCACGUGAAACAAAAUGGCCACCGUGCAGAAGCCGAGGCGAGAUUCCGCUUCACCCCGGAGCCGAGUCUGGAGGACAUCCGGCAGAUGCAGGCCGAGUUCACGGACCAGCGCGACUGGAAUCAGUUCCACCAGCCGCGCAACCUGCUGCUCGCUCUGGUCGGGGAGGUGGGCGAGGUGUCCGAGCUGUUCCAGUGGCGCGGAGAAGUGGCGGAAGGGUUACCGGGCUGGAGCGAGGCCGAGCGCGAACACUUGGCCCAGGAGCUCAGCGACGUGCUCAUCUACCUGGUGGAGCUCGCCGAGAAGUGCUGCGUGGACCUGCCGCAAGCCGUGCUGCGCAAGAUGGCCCUCAACCGGCUCAAAUACCCGGCCAGCAAGGUGCACGGCUCGGCCAAGAAGUACACCGAGUAUCAGGACUGAAGCCACGGUGCACAGGUGACCAAACCCUGGUCCCAGAGAGAUCACCAGAGACUCCAGAGAGAUCACCAGGAUCUCCAACCAGGAUCUGUUGAUCUGAAUUAGAAAACAGAAAUACAGCAGUGUUUUUGAUCACUGAGCAGUACAUGACUCUCAGUGGUUCUUUGAGUGGCUCACUUUCUCCAGAAAUGAUACAAUUUUGUCAUCCAGCACCCAAGACAAGUACUGAACCUUCCUGAUCUACAUCCAGGACCAGUACUGAACCUUCCCGAUCUCCAUCUCUACAUCCCGGACCAGUACUGAACCUUCCUGAUCUCCAUCUCUACAUCCCGGACUAGUACUGAACCUUCCUGAUCUCUAUCUCUACAUCCCGGACUAGUACUGAACCUUCCUGAUCUACAUCCCGGACCAGUACUGAACCUUCCUGAUCUCCAUCUCUACAUCCCGGACUAGUACUGAACCUUCCUGAUCUCUAUCUCUACAUCCCGGACUAGUACUGAACCUUCCUGAUCUACAUCCAGGACCAGUACUGAACCUUCCUGAUCUCCAUCUCUACAUCCCGGACCAGUACUGAACCUUCCUGAUCUCCAUCUCUACAUCCCGGACCAGUACUGAACCUUCCUGAUCUCCAUCUCUACAUCCCGGACUAGUACUGAACCUUCCUGAUCUACAUCCCGGACCAGUACUGAACCUUCCUGAUCUCCAUCUCUACAUCCCGGACCAGUACUGAACCUUCCUGAUCUCCAUCUCUACAUCCCGGACCAGUACUGAACCUUCCUGAUCUACAUCCAGGACCAGUACUGAACCUUCCUGAUCUCCAUCUCUACAUCCAGGACCAGUACUGAACCUUCCUAUUCUCCAUCAACGAUCAAGAGAACCUUCUCUCCAGACUUGAUUGGAUUGACAGAACGUGCACUGAGCAAAUGCUUAGUGACUCCUGACACUAUUAGAUCAGAUUUAAUAUUACUAUUUAGAUCGGAUCGAUUGAUUAAAUAGGUCAGAUUUAAUCAGUUAAAAAAAAAGAUGGCUGAUUUUUGGGGUCUAAGUCCAGACUGCACUGGGUCACAUGAUCUGAUUUGGUUACUCGGUCAGUUCUGUAAGGACAAUUGUUAAUUUUUUUCCCCCAGAAACUUGUCAUUCUGUUGUUGUUAAUCGUUAAUGCUCUUAUUUUACGUUUAUUUACAUUUUAUUCUGUAAAAGGAGUGUGUAUGGUUUUUAUUACCACCAAAACUGCUCAGACAUAAUGUUCUCUCUGUGUGUGUGUGUGUGUGUGUGUGUGUGUGUGUGUGUGUAUAUAUUUUUUAAAUUUAAAGUGACAUUGUGUUCUGCUCAUAAACACACGCGUGUUAAGGUCUUCUGGAGUAAAUGCAGUGUAUUGUA